GACGCCACUGACACCGGAAGUCAACCCGGAGGACAUCGCGCAUGCGCAAUCCUCUCGUGCGUUCGACCUCCACUCGUCACCGAUCUUAAUCACCUCCAGCUCCGGUGCUUGACCCGACUCCAACGUCCUGUCGUGAUGUAUGCCUGCGCCAAGUUCGUCUCAACGCCCAGUUUGAUCCGCGCGGGAUCUCGGGCUCUGUACAGGCCACUAUCAGCAGCUGUGGUGUCCGAUGCCAAGAGGGCAGAGACUGCUGCACUGCUCCCACCACAAGGUGUCGCCACUUACCAGUCGCAGGUGGCGCUGCGCGGAUUUCAGACCAGCGCAGUGAGUCGCGACAUCGACACCGCUGCCAAGUUCAUUGGAGCUGGAGCUGCCACGGUCGGAGUGGCCGGAUCCGGAGCCGGUAUUGGGACGGUGUUUGGUAGCCUCAUCAUUGGCUAUGCUAGGAACCCUUCUCUGAAGCAGCAGCUGUUCUCCUACGCCAUCCUGGGCUUUGCUCUCUCCGAGGCCAUGGGUCUCUUCUGUCUGAUGGUGGCGUUCCUCAUUCUGUUUGCCAUGUAAUUCCUUCCAGGGACGUGCGUGUCACAAGAUUUCCAACAACGAGCUGUUUGCACGUCCAGCCAUGGUACAAGAACAUAAUUGUGGUGCUUAGUCCUCAUUGUCUGUCAUAAUUUUGAACAGUUGGCAAAGCAACCAUUUUUAUGGCCUUUGCCAUUUUAUUGUAUAUUUAAUCAAAUGUUUUUUUUUUGUUAAAGAUCUCAUUAAAGAAAACAUUGAGUCCAUGAA